AAACUCGCCAACGUCCACAAACCUCCCGCCCGUGCUUUCUGGGACUGCUAAUUCAAGCCAUUUUUCUACCAAAAAAAAUCCACCCGUGGAUUCCUCUUCUGCUUCAAAGCAAGGUGUUGAGGAGAUCACGGCGCUGCCGGCCUCGGAGGGAGCUUCCCCCAGCCUCCGUGCCGGGACGCCCCGCGGCAGCGGGUGGUGUGAAAGCCCCGGGGUGAGAGACGGCAGAAACCGUCCUCUGCUGGAGAAGGCCCUUACGAGCCCAGCUCUGAGAGGGCAGGGCAAAGCUCCCGCGGUCGUUCCUGCAGAGGACAGUUUGGGUAUAAACGAUACAGACUUCGACCUCGAUCCCUUUGAUGUGGAUGACUUCGACGAGGGCUGGGAGAAUUCGGUGGAGGUUUCGGUGCCCGAGACGCCGGCUACGCCGCUGUAUCAGCCCGUCAGGGAAGGGCCCCCUGCCAAAUCGCUGCUGUCAAAGAUCAUGUCCAGAGCCAAAGGGUCUGCUGUGGUACCAAAUCCUGCUGCUCCCAAGUCAAGCUCCUCGAUGGCAGCAAAGAACCGUUCGGAUCUGCCCGUUACUAACCCCGCACUGGAACGUUUCAGGGGUGUGAAGUUUUCCCAUUCUGAAGAAAUGAUGACUAUAUUUCACAAAAAGUUUGGCUUGCACUAUUUUCGGACAAAUCAGCUGGAGGCCAUCAAUGCUGCCCUUCUGGGUGAAGACUGCUUCAUCUUGAUGCCCACUGGUGGUGGUAAAAGCUUGUGCUACCAGUUACCAGCGUGUGUGUCUGCGGGAGUCACUAUUGUUAUCUCUCCACUGAGGUCGCUGAUAAUCGAUCAGGUUCAGAAACUGAAGACUCUAGAUAUUGCUGCAACGUACCUGACUGGUGACAGAACAGAUGCUGACGCUUCCAAAAUAUAUAUGCAAUUGUCAAAAAAAGAUCCUGUAAUAAAGCUUCUGUAUGUUACCCCUGAGAAGGUUUGUGCAAGCGGCCGGCUGAUGUCAGCCCUGGAAAAUCUCUACGACAGGAGGCUUCUGGCGCGUUUUGUCAUCGAUGAGGCCCACUGCGUCAGCCAGUGGGGUCACGAUUUCCGACAAGACUACAAACGACUGAAUAUGCUCCGCAGGAAGUUCCACGCGGUUCCUAUGAUGGCUCUUACUGCCACUGCUAACCCCCGGGUACAGAAGGAUAUUCAGAACCAGCUUGAGAUGCUGAAACCACAAGUGUUUACAAUGAGCUUCAACAGGCAUAACUUGAAAUAUGAUGUGUUGCCCAAGAAGCCCAAGAAGGUGGCAAUGGAUUGCUUGGAAUGGAUUAAAAAAUACCAUCCGCAUGACUCUGGGAUCAUUUAUUGCCUUUCGCGCCACGAAUGCGACACGACGGCGGCCAUCCUGCAGAAGGAGGGUCUCGCAGCGCUCGCCUAUCACGCUGGCCUCACCGACUCCAACAGAGACCUCGUACAAAAGAAGUGGAUUAAUCAGGAAGGAUGCCAGGUUAUAUGUGCAACCAUCGCCUUCGGAAUGGGGAUUGAUAAACCCGACGUCCGCUACGUUAUCCAUGCCUCCCUCCCUAAAUCCAUCGAAGGUUACUACCAGGAGUCUGGCCGAGCUGGGCGAGACGGUGAAAUGUCUCACUGUCUGCUCUUCUACAGCUACAGUGACGUGACCAGACUCAGAAGGCUGAUACUGAUGGAGAAGGAUGGGAACAGUCACACGAGACAGACCCACUUCAACAACCUGUACAGUAUGGUUCACUACUGCGAGAACGUCGUCGAUUGCCGGAGAAUUCAGCUUUUGGCCUACUUUGGGGAAACUGACUUUAAUCCCACCUUCUGUAAGGACCACCCAGAAGCAAUUUGCGAUAACUGCAGCAGGACGAAGGAUUACCGAUCGAGGGAUGUCACGGAGGAAGUGAAGAGCAUUGUAAGAUUUGUACGAGAGCACUGCGGGCAAAUGGGACGGACAAAUGCGAAGAGAAAUACAGGUGCUGGAAGAUACACGCUGAAUAUGAUGGUGGACAUUUUCUUAGGUAAAGCGAGUGCGAAGAUUCAGUCUGGAAUAUUUGGGAAGGGAGCUGCCUACUCGAGGCAUAAUGUCGAAAGGCUGUUUCGAAAGCUGGUCUUGGACAAGAUUCUGGAUGAAGACUUGUACAUCACAGCUAACGACCAAGCGGUAGCGUACAUCGUUCUCGGGGAGAAGGCUCAGGCUGUGCUGGAUGGAUCACUACGGGUGGAGUUUCACGAAACAGAAAGUGCCAGUGCCAUCAGAAAGCAAAGGGCUUCCUUGGCAAAGAUGUCACAGCGGGAAGAGAUGGUCAAAAAGUGCCUUGGGGAACUGACAGACACGUGCAAAAUGCUGGGGAAAGUCUUUGAUGUGCAUUACUUCAAUAUUUUCAGUACUUCAACUCUGAAGAAAAUAGCAGAAACCCUGUCGUCUGAUGCGGAGGUUUUACUGCAGAUUGAUGGUGUCACAGAAGACAAACUGGAAAAAUAUGGUGCAGAAAUAAUUAAAGUGAUGGAUAAGUACUCCGAGUGGACCACUCCAGAGGACGCUGCCUGCCAAAGUGUGGACACGGCUGCAGGAAGCACUGCCACGCCCGAGAGCGAUGCAGAGGCAGAAGAUGUGGUUACGACCUCGAGCUAUUUCUGCAAUAAUGCGAACCAAAGGAGGAAAAGGAAAAGGCCGCCAAACUUCAGAGAAUCAAAGAGGAAAAAGACAAGUCAUGGGGGCAGCCAGCCGUUUCAUCCCAAAGGUGGCUACAGCAGGUACAGAAGGAACAGAAGGCCACCUAGCUCGAAGGCUCCAGCAUCCUCGGGCUCCAGUUCAGCAUCGUACAGCCUUGGUGCCACACAAGGAGCUGCUGGAAAGCUGGGGAUUAUGGCACCACCGAAACCCAAAACCAGGCACUUCCUUCAGCCUUCGUAUGCGGUGGUGUAA